AUGGAAGAACUUGGUGUUUCGGAGUUGAAAAACUACGAGGCGUACUUGGGCCUAUCGGCCUUGGUGGGAAGAAACAAGAGAGCCAGCUUUGACCAAUUAAAACAAAAAGUGUGGAAGCGACUACAAGGAUGGGAAGGAAAGUUAUUAUCACAAGCAGGAAGAGAAGUACUAAUCAAGUCAGUUAUUCAAGCAAUCCCGACGUAUGCAAUGAGUUGUUUCAAAUUACCGAUCACCCUAUGCCAUGAGAUUGAAACUCUUGUUCGAAAGUUUUGGUGGGGUCAACGAGGAGACCGGAGGAAAAUACAUUGGGUGAGAUGGGAAGAGUUGUGCAAUCAUAAAGAUCAAGGAGGAUUGGGGUUUAAAGACCUCACCAUGUAUAAUGAAGCAAUGUUGGCGAAACUUUCAUGGCGGCUACUCCAUGAUGAUAAGUCCUUGUUCUUUAGGGUGUUUAAGGCAAGGUGGAGGAGUGAAAUUAUUGAUCACUGUUUUAACUUGGCUGAGGCAGAGGCGAUCAAAAGCAUCCCGUUAAGUUCAACUUCCCAACCGGACAAACUAAUAUGGCCUUUCACUCCCACGGGCCAAUAUUCAGUUAAGUCUGGAUAUAGAUAUCUCUUCGAGAGCAACAAUCCACAACCACUCUCAAUUCUCUCCUCAUCUCAGUCCUCGGGCUGGUGGAAAAAGCUAUGGAAAAUGGAGGUUCCCAACAAAGUGAAGCACUUUGUGUGGCGCACUUGCAGAGAAGCUCUUCCAACCAAAGCCAACUUGAGCAGACGGAGAAUCAUACCUGAUGGAGUAGUUUGGGCUUCAGAAUCGGAUUGGCAGUGGCUCUUGGAUAUGCGGGGACAGACAGCUAAAGAGAUCUUUGUUCGUGCCUUGGAGGAAGACAAGGAUGCCAUGCUAUUGGAACGCAGAACUGAGUUUCAACUCCUUCAUCCAAACCUUCCAAAGCAGCAACACAGAAAGCAUACGAAAUGGAAACCUCCAGCGGAAGACAACCUCAAGGUGAACUACGACGGCGCAAUCUUUCAAGAGCAGGGCAGAGCAGGAGUUGGAAUGGAGGUUACGGAGAAUACAGAGUCUCUUACAUUGGUAAAUAGUAGUCAUUCUGUAGGGAGAUUAGGAAAAUUGGCAAUGGAAAAUGUUGGUUGUUCGUUUCGUACCGCUCCAUCUAAGCCUAAGAGGUGUAUGGUUUCUACUGUUCGCGAUUUUCCACUAGGAUGUGGACCUCUUGCUCAUCGAAUCCAAUCUUUUGAGGUUUUAGAAACUUUGGUUCCCGCAAAGGUGCUCGAGCAAAAAAAUGUGGUUCAAUCUGAACCUGUUGAAAUAUGCUCACUAGUGUUGGAAGCUGUGAAUAAGGUAGUUCUGAGUGAACCUGUGUCGAAGAUACAUGUGGUAGGUGCUUCUGCUUCAAAGGGGGAGAUCGUUUCACCAAGUAGUUUAAAAUCAUGUUCACCAUCUGAUGUUUCCACUGGCAGUGGUUUGAAGAAGACUAUGGCUAAAACUUUUGGCCGAAGAAAAAUUUCAGCCAUCAGAGACUUCCCGCCCUUGUGCGGAAGAAAUGCUCCACGUCUUAGUAAGGAAGAAAGUCUGGAAGUGUUUGCUUCUAUGAAGAACAAGAGUUUGUGUCAAGGUAAGUCUGAUGUGUAUGACAGGCCUGUGGAAGAGACUAGAAAAGCUGAUUUAAGGCGAAUGGUAGAGGAUGUUCAAGAUGGGGAUGGACAGAAUAGCGAAUUAUGGGGGAAUUCUGACCACAACUCCAAGACAAUUGUUAAAAUAGAAUCUAGGGACAUUGGAGGAUUGGAGGAAAAAAAGGGGAAGGAGAUUGUGGUUUAUGAAAAGGACUCAAGUCUAAAGAGAAAGCUGUCUGAUAUAUAUGGUUAUCAAAUCCAAUUGCAGGAGGAUUUUGGCUGUUUGGAACCUGCGAUGGAGAGUGCCAUGGUGCAAGGUCUGAUGGCGAUGCCACGUCAUUGUUGGAAGCAAGGUAAAGGGGUCUACAAACCAUAUACAGCUGGUGUCACAAGUCAAAGCAUGGGAAACAAGCAUAAUUCUCUGCAUCUUGGAAAAUAUAAGUUAGCUAUCACAACAAAGGAUAAAGCCGAAGGUUCUGGAGUGAAGUUAAAAACACAUAAGCCAUCUAUUAUAGAAAACACUGCUAAUCAUGGUAUAAGUAAAAUGGUUAGUAGAGAUAAGAGGGAUUCUCUUGAGGAUGAUGAUGAAUGUAAAGACUUUUAUGUGGCUCCAAGACCAUGUAGUUUUGGUGUAAACUUUCCACACUUUGAACAGAGUGUUAGUGUUAAACAUCAUGACAGUGAUGCAAUUACCCGAAGCAAAGUGAGGGAGACACUUCGUCUGUUCCAAGCCAUAUGUAGGAAGCUCUUACAGGAGGAUGAAGCAAAUGGGAAGGAACGAGGAUGUGGCAAUAGGAGGUUUGAUUUACAAGCGUCAAAGAUUCUUAGGGAGAACGGCAAAUAUGUUAACACUGGAAAACAAAUCUUGGGAUCUGUCCCAGGAGUUGAAAUUGGUGAUGAGUUCCAUUACGGGAUUGAGCUUAAUAUUAUUGGCCUUCAUCGCCAGAUUCAAGGUGGUAUUGAUUAUGUGAAGCAUGAUGGGUUCAUCCUUGCAACUAGCAUUGUAGCAUCUGGGGGCUACGCUGAUGAUUUGGACAAUUCAGAUUCCUUGAUUUAUACAGGUCAGGGAGGAAAUGUGAUGAGGUCAUUUAAAGAACCUGAGGAUCAGAAGCUUGCACGGGGAAACCUUGCUUUAAAGAGUAGCACAGAAAAGAAUCCUGUUAGGGUGAUUCGUGGCUAUGAUUCAGAAGAUGGAAAAACGUAUGUUUAUGAUGGGCUAUAUUUGGUGGAGAAAUGUUCGCAGGAUUUGGGGUCGCAUGGUAAGCUAGUUUUCAAGUUUCAGUUGGACAGAAUUCCUGGUCAACCAGAGCUUGCUUGGAAAGAAGUCAAGAAGUCUAAAAAGUUCAAAAUAAAGGAGGGUCUCUGCGUAGAUGAUAUCUCUCAAAGGAAAGAGUUAAUUCCCAUUUGUGCUGUGAACACCAUAGAUUAUGAGAAACCUCCACUGUUUAAAUACAUAACUAGAAUGAUAUAUCCCAAUUGGUGCCGCCCUCUCCCUCCUAAGGGUUGUGACUGUACCAAUGGAUGCUCAGAUUCUGAGAAGUGUUUGUGUGCAGUCAAGAAUGGUGGAAAAAUCCCAUAUAAUCGUAAUGGGGCUAUAGUUGAAGCAAAGCCCCUAGUCUAUGAGUGUGGUCCUUCUUGCAAGUGCUCUUCUUCUUGCCACAAUAGAGUUUGUCAACAUGGUAUCAAAUUUCAGCUUGAAAUUUUUAAAACAAAAUCUAGGGGAUGGGGAGUGAGAUCCCUUAAUUCCAUCCCUUCAGGAAGUUUUGUAUGCGAGUAUAUAGGAGAACUCCUUGAAGAGGAGGCUGAUCAAAGAACUGGUAACGAUGAGUAUCUAUUUGACAUCGGGAAUAACUACAAUGACAGCUCUCUUUGGGAUGGACUCUCGUCCCUUAUGCCUAAUUCGCACGCAAGUUCCUGUGAAGUUGUGGUGGGGGAUAGUGGCUUCACUAUUGAUGCAGCGCAGUAUGCCAAUGUGGGGAGAUUUGUCAACCACAGCUGUUCUCCCAAUUUGUAUGCUCAAAAUCUCCUUUAUGAUCAUGAGGACAAAAGAGUUCCUCACAUAAUGUUCUUUUCUGCUGAGAACAUUCCUCCCUUGCAAGAGCUGACAUACUAUUACAACUACAUAAUAGAUCAGAUUCGUGAUUUGAAUGGUAAUAUAAAGAAGAAAAGUUGCUUCUGUGGUUCCAUAGAGUGCACUGGUAGGAUGUAUUGA